GUGAUCUACACGUGCGAGGAGGCAGAGCGGGAGUACCUGGCCUGGGCGGAGAAUAAUACGCCGGAGGGCGAGGAGGACGCACGCAAGCUCGGUGCGAUCUUCAAGAGCACCGUCGCAGACAAGAAGCAUGCGCAGCGGAUCUGUGCCGUCAACGUGUUCCACCUGAUCUCGUCGUUCGCCUACGAUGUGGCCUCUUUCCUACCCUUCUCGGCCGCGAACUGCGGCGAGACGAAGAGCUACAGCGCCGCGCGCGCCGGGGGCAUCAUCAACGUGAUCACGAGUCAGACGAUCGUGUCGGCGAGCGCCAUGGACUUCGAGAACUCCUGCGCUCAGGUCGGCAAGAACAGCACCAACAAGAGCCACUUCGAG